CGUUGGACUGACAGCAUGACCAAGUUAAACGAUGAUCGUGCAUGUGGGGUUUAUUCCCCAUGCGGCAUCGCUCAAAGUAACAGCUGCAUUUCAAUCGAACGUCCUAUUAACAUCAGUGGAUUAGACACAGAGGAUGCCAGUGAAACAGACCUUGCCAAACAUGAUGAGGAUGACUAUGUGGAAAUCAAAGAGCAGAUGUACCAAGAUAAACUGGCCUCCCUGAAAAGACAGCUGCAGCAAUUACAAGAAGGUACACUGCAGGAGUAUCAAAAGAGGAUGAAGAAGCUGGACCAGCAGUACAAAGAGAGACUCCGAAAUGCAGAUCUGUUUCUCCAGCUUGAGACAGAACAGGUGGAGAGGAACUACAUCAAAGAGAAAAAGGCAGCGGUGAAGGAGUUUGACGACAAAAAGGUUGAACUGAAGGAAAACCUAAUAGCAGAGCUGGAGGAGAAGAAGAAGAUGAUCGAGAAUGAAAAAUUAACAAUGGAGCUGAAAACAGACUCUAUGGAAGUAAAACCUAUCAUGACCCGUAAGCUGCGGAGGCGACCCAAUGAUCCAGUCCCAAUACCAGACAAACGGAGAAAGCCUGCACCAGCUCAGCUGAAUUAUUUGUUAACAGAUGAACAGAUAAUGGAAGAUUUAAGAACACUUAAUAAACUAAAGUCACCAAAACGGCCAGUGUCUCCCUCGUCGCCCGAGCAUAUCCCCACCACUCCCAUGGAGAACCCUUCCCAGCGUUACGAGGCCCGCAUUGAGGAGGGGAAACUUUACUACGACAAAAGAUGGUACCACAAGAGCCAAGCCAUCUACCUGGAGUCAAAGGACAACACAAAGAUUAGCUGUGUCAUCAGCUCAGUGGGGACCAAUGAGAUUUGGGUGAGGAAGACAAGUGACAGCACAAAGAUGAGGAUCUACUUGGGACAACUGCAAAGGGGAGCAUUUGUCAUCCGUCGACGAUCGGCCGCAUGAAGCAUUACCUCUCCCUGCCCAACCCCCAUUUGUUCAUUUAUUCAUUCAGCCGCCCGCUCAUUCAUCUACUGCUUCCCUGUUUGGUACAUCUCAGGCCUCUUAUUCUUCAUCGCUUACACUACCCACCAUUACACAAGCACACACAUUCAUACAGAUUUGCCAAGGCCAAGGAUGUCUCAUCUGAUUUCAUCACAUAAAUCAAAUGCUAGUACAGUGAAAGUGGUCAUAUGCUCAGCUGACUGUUAUCCAGAAUUAUUUGUCACUAUGUGGCAUCAUGUGUAUGAAGACAGUGAGUGGCCAUAAAGGAGCCAGCUUUGGUUUUUGUCUCAUGCUGUCAACACAUUAUUUCUACACCAUGCAGUCAUUAAGUUAUUUCUCAUAUAUUUCUCAGCCUCAUGUUGACCCGUGGAGGCCAUCUUCAGGGCUUCCAGAAUGGAUGAUUAUCAUUAAACUCUGAACUGAAGAAGUUAACAGUUAUGAGUAUGCCUUUUGGAGGUUGCUUGGUAUGUUGAUAGCUUGUUCUAAUAACAUGGUUAAAAGUCUUGUUUAUUAAACUUUUAAUUUCUGUUUUUGUAAGUUUGUUUUUAUGUUAAUAUUUUUGUCAGAUUAUGUCAUUUUUCCAUAUGCAAUUUGAAUUAGUUCAGCUGCUUUGUGGAACAUUAUGUUGACUAUUAUUGUGUUCCAUUAUAUU